CUCGAGCCCCAAGGUCGGUUGGUGUCCUGCAGACCUGCCCCGAGAGCCUCCCUGACGCACUCCUACCUAUAAAUACCGACGCCGGGCCUGGCAGAGGCACACUUGUCACAGCACACAGCACAACAUGAGGUUCCUGAUCGUCGCCGCCCUCGCCUCCGUGGCCGUCGCUGCCCCGCAGAACUACUUCUACUCCGCCCCCAUCGGCUGGCCCUACGGCUUCGCCGCCCGCACCAUCGCGGCCCCCGUCGUCUCUGCGCCCAUCGUGGCCCCAAUUGCUCUCUCGCACAGCAAGUACCACGCUCAGGAUGUCCUGGGACAGGCCAGCUUUGGACACGUUGAGGCUCUGCAGACCCGCGCCGAGGCCCGCGAUGCUCUCGGCAACGUGCGCGGCUCUUACAGCUACGUCGACCCCAACGGCAAGGUGAACGUUGUCGAGUACACCGCCGGACACGGUGGAUUCCGCAUCCUCGGCGCUAACAACCUGCCCGAGGCCCCCGUCGCCCCUGAGGCCCCCGCCGUCCCUGCUCUCAUCGCCCCUGAACCCGUCCAGGACACCGCUGAGGUUGUUGCUGCUCGUGCUGAGUUCGCCCGCCUCUACAAGGAGGCUGCCGAAGCCGCCGCCGCCGACAAGGUUCCCGAGGUUCCCGAGGUGCCCGCCGCCGCCGUCGAGGAGCCCGCCGCCGCCGUCGAGGUGUCCCGCCGCCGCCGUAGCGUCCUCCUCGCUGGUGCCCCCGUGCUCGCCAAGUCGACCGUGAAGGUCCAGAGCUACGAGCCCAUUGACGCCGCCGUUCCCGCCGCCACCAGGAAGAUCGAGCUGGUCGAGAAGGAACACGAUGUGCUGUCCCACGUCGGCUACGCCGCCCCCGUCGCUUACACCGCCCCCAUCGCCUACUCCGCCCCCAUCGCCUACCACGCUCCUCUCGCCUUCACCACCGUGGCCGCUGCUGCCCCCGCCGCCCCCGCCGAGGAGGCCAAGCCCGUCGUCGAAGCCAAGAGCGCUGAAGUCAAGGCCGAUGCCACCCCCCUCGUCUACAGCUACGGAUACCACGGCUUCGCCGGAUUCCCCUUCUACCACUUGUAAAUCUUGCCUACCCGAGCCCGAACACCGAUACACAGCGGCCAACGGCCUCCCUCUGACGCCCUGGGCUCUGCGUAUCGGUCGGACACGAGACAAAUUAUGUGUGACUUGUCAAUUUUUUAAUGAGCCUGAGCCUACCUGAUCUAAGCGAAUAAAUCCUACUGCCUUUCAAAUAUUUAAAA